GAUAAGCCGUCCAGUGCAAAGGACCCAGAAUCAGCAAGCGGCAACAAAAACCCUAUUAUUAGUGUGGUCCUUACUAAUCACGAGGCCAUGCCUGGUGCCUCUAAAAUAGUUCCUAUCGAAGCAGCUCCAGCUGAACCAUCCACCCAGACUGUUGCAGACGCAGGUUCCCAGGAGGGAGCGAUGAAAAGGGGAUACCAGGAAUAUGCCAUUCAGCAAGCUGCUUAUGAAGCACCCCUCAAAUCAAACAGGUUAGGACAGACACAGCUUAAAAUCUUCACAUGUGAAUACUGCAAUAAAGUCUUCAAGUUCAAACAUUCACUGCAGGCUCACUUAAGAAUCCACACCAAUGAGAAACCAUUCAAGUGCCCGCAGUGUGACUACGCCAGCGCUAUCAAGGCCAAUCUUAGUGUUCAUAUACGGAAACACACCGGCGAGAAAUUCAGCUGUGAGCUGUGCUCAUUUAAUUGCCUCAGUAAAGGACACCUCAAAGUGCACGUGGAGCGAGUGCACAAAAAGAUCAAGCAGCACUGCCGAUUCUGCAAGAAGAAAUACUCUGACGUGAAGAACCUUCUUAAACACAUCCGCGAGACUCACGACAUGAGCGACAAGAAAGUACAGGACUCCUACAAUGAGUACAGCCUCCAGACCAGGGAGGGCAAGAGACAGCUUCUGUACAACUGUCAAAUAUGCGACCGCAAGUUCAAGAACGAGCUUGAGCGUGACCGUCACAUGAUGGUUCAUGGCAACAAGAGACCCUUCGGCUGCGAGCUAUGCGAUCACGGCUCAACCAAAUUCCAAGCCUUGCAAGCCCACAUCCGAAAGCAUCCCUUCAUCUACGUGUGUGCCGUUUGCCAGGAAAAGUUUGUCAGCUCUGUGCGGCUUAAGUCGCAUCUCAGAGAGUUCCACCCGGAAUCUGAUGAACCCUCUGCUUUUGCAGACUCCAUCAAUUCCAGCUUUUGCUUGCUCAAACCAGGCGACGACAUUCAGAAGGACAUGUUGAAUCAGGAUGAGCUUAAGAUCACAGAAGAGCUGUCGCAGCUCAACGCCCAGGAGCUGUUAACCACAGAAAUGACUUGCUUGGGUCAAGAGGACCUUCAAACUCAAUGCUCCGAUAGUUUAGUGGUGGAGUCAGACCUUCUUGUACAGAACUCACAGGAUGGAAAUCCUGUUUCAGACAGUAUGAAUAAGAUAGACACGUCUGCCGUAGCACAAACACAAGAGAUGGUCUGUGAAGAUGAAAUCAAUUCCCAAAGGCUUCAAGAGUGCUGUAUGACAGAAGAUCAGAAUCCUGCUCAAGAAACUGCACCUUUGACGCCUGAAAAAACCCAAACGCACUCAGAGCAGCUAGUAUCAAAUGACACAUUUCCUCAAACCGAGAAAGAGGUGAUUGUGCCACAAACUAACGCCGAUGAGGACUUACUCGGUUCAGAGCUAGAAGAAAUAUCUUCUUUCAAGCAGAUUGUAGAGCAGAUGCAAAAACGACAGCUGAACAUGGAAGUUUUUGAACGGAUCCGGAAAGUGUAUGGAGACCUUGAAUGUGAAUACUGUGGGAAGCUUUUCUGGUAUCAGGUGCACUACAAUACGCAUGUGCGAACGCACACCAAAGAGCACCUCCAUUACUGUUCUCAGUGCAAUUAUUCCUCCAUCACUAAAAACUGCCUGAAGCGGCAUGUCAUCCAGAGACACUCGGACAUCCUGCUGAAGUGUCCCUCUGAAGGAUGCCAGUACUGUACUCCUGACAAAUACAAACUUCAGGCUCAUCUCAAAACCCAUUCGGACAUUAUCAAACGAAGUUUUAUAUGCCCAGUAUGUCAAGAGACUGUUCCCGAAGACAAAGUUAGAGCUCAUAUCAAAAGCAACCAUCCGGAUGUGUCGCUGAACUACAUCUCGGAAACGUUGGGACUACGUGUACAUGUGAAAGGAGUGAUCGGGAAACGAGCUUCCAAAUGCCCGUACUGUGAUUGCUUCUUCACAAGGAAUGGGGCAGAUCUUCAGCAGCACAUAUGGGCCCAUGAAGGACUGAAACCGUACAAAUGUUCACAAUGUGAUUAUGCCUCAAGGAGUAAAAGCAACCUCAAAGCUCACAUGAAUAGACACAGUACUGAGAAAACACAUCUUUGUGACCUCUGCGGAAAAAAGUUCAAGUCUAAAUGCACUCUGAAAAGUCAUAAGCUCAUGCACACAGCAGACGGAAAACAGUUCAGAUGUACUGAGUGUGACUUCACUGCUGCACUGAGACCGCAUCUCCUUCGUCACAUGGAGCAGCAUGCUUCUUUCAAACCUUUCCGUUGUGCACACUGCCACUACUCGUGCAACAUCUCAGGCUCUCUGAAAAGACACUAUAACAAAAAACAUCCCAACGCUCAGUAUAUCAAUGCUGGAACAGGAGUGUCCUCUUCCGAAACUGUGAUAGAGCAAGGUGGAGUCAAAUGUCCUGUGUGCAAUUACGUUUAUGGCACUAAAUGGGAAAUGAACAGACAUCUUAAGAGCAAACAUGGUCUCAAAGUAGUGGAGACCGACAGUCUUGGUCUGAAUCAAUGGGAGGUAGUGGAGUCAGUGGAGGAGCCGGCCAUGCAGUACCUUCACAUAGCUGAGACUGAGGGUCCACGAGGAACAGAGACCGCUGUAUCAGCUCUGCAGGACCUGCGCUUCAACACACAAAAUGGUGUUGUGUCUGCGGCAGCGGGAGACAGACUAGACCCGGCGUCUGUCAACAUCCUGCAGCAGAUCAUUGAUCUGGGCUCAGAGAAUCAUGAUGCUGCUGUGGCUUCUGUGGUUGCCAUGGCUCCCGGUACAGUUACUGUUCUGGAGCAGGUGGAGCAGGAGGAGCCGCAGGCCAAUCAUGCCAUGCUGAUCCAGGAUGCACUGCAGCAGGCCACAGUGGGCCUGGGAGAAGAGCACCACCUAGUGUUGUCUUCAGAUGAAAUGGAGGGCAUCAAAACUGUUACAGUGUAUACACAGGAAGACGCAUCCCAGUUCAUAGUCUAUGUUCAGGAGUCUGUGCAAACUGAGGAGACCAGCACAGUAUAGACCGUAGUAAGACCAUACAUAUGGGGUUUAAAACUACUAGCUAUCUAGUUCAAAUGCUGUUCAAGUGUUCCGUUCUAAUUUUACUUCUGCUAUAGUUAAUCCAGUCAGGUCUUGAGUGUAUUAUUGCAGCCAUAUAUAUGCUUAUAGGGCCUUAUCUUGCACAAUUGUAAAUAAUCUGAAACAGUGGCAGUGAAUAGCCAGCCUCAUGCUACAAAAAAAUUGUAAUACAAAAAGAUCAGUUAGUUUUAAGACCUAAUCACAGUAAAGCCAGCUGCACAUAACUAAGAAUCUCUAUUCUCUAUUUUAGAAAUGUGAUUUUCUUUUUUUGUGUGCCUUCAUUGUACGUAUGUAACAGAGUUACUGUGUGACUCUGGACUUCUCCACACUUUUUAUAUAACGCUCCCAUACAGUGUAUGGCUGUCAUUAUAGUAAACUGAGUUAUUUAAUGGGGGGUGUUGUGUAUUGUCGAGAUACUUCAUUAAUUAAUUUCAUAAAAUUUCAUGAUUUC